AAAAACUUAGUAUUGAAGCACAGUAGCCCGACUAGCCCGACACUACGCAAACUAGCCCGACUAGCAACCAGCUCAACCAGAAUGGCGCUAUGCGCGGCGUUUGGACGCUGCAUACCCACAUUACUACUACUUCAUGCGCUUUGUGUUGGUGUCAAUGCCUCCAGCGGUCGUGGCCUUCGUGCCACCAACACGCCUCCGCUUGUGAACGUGACUUCCGUCCUGACACCCACGACGCUCACCGCCCCCGUUGCCCGCUACUACAUCGGCGUAUCCGCUUCUGACCCCGGCGGCUGGGUUGUCAACGUCACCGUGUUUGCCAAUGGCGUGCCGCUUCCCGGCAGCACCGUGUACGGCGUCCUGUUCUCCACCAACACCACCGGACACUAUAUCUUCACCGCCACGGCCGUUGACAACCUGGGCGCAGCUACCACCAGCACCCCCAGCGCCACUCUCACCGUCAUCGCCCCAAGCCCCUACACCGGCGGCGGCGGGGGCAGCACAGGCAGCUCCACCGGCACCACCAGCACCAUGGUCAACGUCACGGUCAACGGUGGAUCCGGAUCCGGCGUGUACAGCCCGUACACUUACCACGUCAUCACCGCCGCUGACCCGCCUGCGGGGCAGUUGUUUGACCGCUGGGUGGCGGGCGGCGGCUACCCGCAGCUGGGUGACGCCUACAACUACAACACCACCGUGUUUAGCGCCUCCACCACGCCCAUCGUCCUGACCGCCACCUACAAGGUCGACACCCCGGUGCCCUGCCCCGUGUGCUCUCACCCGCGCCUGCUUGUCACGGUGGGAGACCUGCCUGCGCUGCGCGCCCGUGCCAACUCCGCCAACGCCAUGCACGCCCAGGGCUUUGCGCCCGCGCUGCAGCAGGCGCUGAGCCAUGCCAACCAGGCCUGGAGCUGGAGCUUUGCCGGCGGCACCGGCAAGCCCAACCUGGCCAUCUGGCGUGACACCGGCAGUGACAGCUGGGAGGGUGACCACACCGAGGCCUACGGAGAGAUCCUGGCCUUUGCGAGCCUGAUCUACAACGAUAUCGCUUACGCCCGGCGUGCGCGCGACAUGCUGAUGUGGGUCAUCAACACCGCCGCAACCAAUCUGGCCACGGGCAACACCUCCCUGCCCUUCGCGUCGCCGUUCUUCGCCACCUUCAACCGCGCCUCCCACUUCAUGGAGGGCCUGCCGCUCAUGUUCGAUUGGCUGCAGGCGUGGCCCGGGCUGCUGAGCCCCGCGGACAAGGCGGCGGUGCGGGCCGUGUUCAUGAAGUGGUGCGAGGACAACCUGCCAGCGUACAUGGCGCCCCAGCCCAUCCGCGUCACCAACAGUCCCGUCCUACUGGCCAACAAGGGCUUCCGCAACAUUGCCAACAACUACGCUUCGGCCCACGGCCGCAACCUGGCCUACAUGGCGCUGAGCAUUGACCCCGCCGACGACCCCGUCAAGGACCCCAAGCUGGGCGAGUCGUACAUCGGCAACACGCUGCGCUCGUACGUGUACGACGUCACAGGCGCCUGGCUGUACCAGAAGUUCGCCUGCAUGGAGCCGCCGGCGGCGGUGGCGGCCACACUGCCCGGUGUCGCCGCCAGCACGCCCGGUCUGGGCGAGUGCAUGCACGGCGGCAACGAGCCCGAGGGCUUCCUGUACGGCACCUCCAUCGCCUACGUCCAUGAGACCCUGCAGGCGCUGCACACGUCCGGCUGGGCCACUGCCGCGCUGGCCGGACCCCAGGUAGCGCUGCUCAACAGCAGCUGGUGGGACCGGUGGCAGCAGGCCUACCUGCACAACCUGGCACCCGAUGCCAAGAUGGCGGGCGGGGCGCUGUCCUACAUGGGGCAGUACACACAGAUAUUCAACUACGGCGACCUGCUGCGCCACUACGUGGACCCCGGCCAGGCCAACCCCUGGCUCACUCUGGGCUGGUGGGCGGCACGCACCGGCGCGUCGAGCUCCCAGGCUGUGGACACACUGUCGGCCGCCCGCUGGAUGACCUACAACACGGUGCUGGGCGGCCCCGCGCAAUUCUACUCCCGGCUGGCGUACGGCACAUGGGGCAACUGCGACGCGCUGCUGGCCAUCAAACACUACCUGGUGUGGGACACACAGGCGGCGGCGCAGCCCGCCGCGUUCCCGGACCCGCGCCCCUCGCUGCCCUCCACCACCUUCUUCGACCCCGCCAUUAAGCGGGUGGUCAGCCGCAACCGCUGGGCCGCUGACGCCACCGUGUUCACCUACAAGGCCUCAUGGAUGGGCAUCAACCACCAGCUGGCGGAUGCGGGCAUGUUUGAGCUCGAGAUUGUGGGCGUGUCCUCUGUGCUGCACAACACCCUCACCAUCCAGAAUAGCUGCACCAACGCCAGCCUGGCCAUGCCCGUCAACAUGCAGGAGGACGAGAAGGGCUUGUGGCCGCUGGGCUCGCAGCUGGCGGAGGGGUUCAUCUCCGCCGGCGACCCCAAGACCAACCUCAGCACCUGGCUCGGCCCCUUCCCCGGCCAGCGCUACGUGGCCGCCACCACCGACAUGACCGGCCUGUACAACCGGCCCUCGCCCUGGAUGCCGGGCAACGCGGCGGUGGACGUGCUGCAGGCGGUGCGCAGCAUCGUGUGGCUGGACAUGGACUUCAUUGUUGUGUACGACCGCGCUACCACCGGCCGCGCCGGCAAGUUCAAGCGCUUCAAUCUCAACGCCGUGCAGCGCCCGCGGCUGCAGCCCGGCACCGGGCCCGGCACCGGCGCGCCAGCCGUGCUGACGGCCGUGAACGCCAGCAGCGGGCAGGCGCUGACGCUGACCAGCUUGCUGCCCGACGCGGCGGUGGCCAACGUCACCGUCACGCCGUCGCCGACGUGGACGCUGGUUGCGGAGAUGGAGCCCACCCAGUGGCUGGUGCAGGUGGAGGACGCCACCCGCCCAACGGAUGUGCGCUAUCUGCACGUGCUGCAGGCCACAGACGCCGGCGUCGCGCCCGCGCGCGCCAGCCUGAUCAACGGCGCAGUGGCCGGCGGCGCCGCCGGCAGCUACCAGGGAGCCGCAUUCGACCACUACGUCGUGAUGUUCGCACGCAAUGUGCGCAGCCCCGCCGCCCCCGUCACAGCCGCCACGUACCCACUGCCCCCCGCCCCUGCGCCCGCCCCCGCCGUACACGUGCUCACGGGCCUGGUGCCGUUCGCGUCGUACGCACUGAUGGUUGAUCCCGUGGCCGGUACGGCGACGCUGCUGAGUGGUCCCGGCGGCGCGGGAGCACUGCUGGCGACCGCUGACAAUGCCGGUGUCGCGCGAUUUUAGUGAACAUGGAAGACAGGCUUAGGGAGGUCCAUUGGGAGCCUUGCGCUGUGUGCCGCAUGGAGAAGGCUCAAGGGCCCAUACGGUACUUCAAAGCCUGAUCUGCUUUGCAUCGAGUCCGCCUUUACUAGGACCGUCAUCGUGAACCCUGGCCUUACCCUGGGAUGUUUGCAUCGGGACGUUUGCAGUGGAGAUAGCUAAAGGUAUCAUACAUACUGUGUGACUGCAAAAUGAAUUCAUAUUUGUCCGGUUGUUACACCAAGCUAACUGGACGGACGCUUGCACGGACCGUGCCCCACGUACAUCAUUCAUCAAGUCAUAGACGGCGCUGGCAUGCACAUGCACAAUUUCUACACGCACUCUACAAUAGGCCUCGCCACACUCGACACUAACUGAGACUCGCAUGCCAUGCCACGAGAUUAACACUGGUGUGUUGAUGUGUACCCCGCUAUGAUAUGCACAUUUACCCGAGGGACUAACGCCGUACUAAUAAUGGGCGGUUUGUUUGCGGCGGGUUUGACAAAACUCAUAUUCACGGAGACAUGGACUCAGGUACUCAUCAUUUUGUACAUAUGGCACACGCCAUGCAUAUAAAUUGGUUCACCGACGGAGGUCGUGAUGCCUACACCCGGCUUGGAUCCUUGCACUGCCCGUACUGGCUGGUUGCAACCGGGGUGCAACCAAGGGUGCAACACACAUGUCAAAGCCAACAUGCACGCCACCGCCAAGAUAUUAUGUAUUGAGGGCGUGUGCCCUGUGGGCAGCCUUGUACAGUUUAUAGUGGCGUGUGUUGUGUGGGUGUGAUGCGAACUUGCACUGGGCGCAUGCUGGCGGUGACCAGCGCAUUUGCCCGACACGGCGGCACACUUGCUGUGUUCGUCCGAACAUCCAGGGUGAGCCCGCAGCCUCAGACGCGUGCAGACACGUAGCUCAUAUUCCAAGCUCUGUAAAACUGUUCACAA